CUUUUCUACUUUCAAGCUUCUUCUUCUUCUCUCUCUCUCUCUCUCUCUCUCUCUCUCUCUCUCUCUCUCUCUCUCUCUCUCUCUCUCUCUCUCAUAUCAAAACCAGGUGGUUCAAGGCUUCAAGGAUCUUCAUUUCUAGGAGAUUGUCUCCUCCUUCUUUACUGACAGACACAGGAAUAAGAAAGAGAGAACAAAAUGCCUAUGGUAGGUGAAAAAGAAAGCCCCAAUGAAAGAAGUUGCCAAGGUUUGGAGUCCAUAAUCUCUUCCUGCCAUCCCAUAACUCUCAAGUUCAUUGACAUAUGUUACCAAGUAAAGCUGGAAAGCAGGAGCAGCAGCCAUUGCAGUAUCAGAAACAUACUUGGUGGUGGUCCAACCAGCACCGGCCGGAUCACCACCACCUCCGAAGAACGAACGAUCCUAAAUGGGAUUACAGGGAUGGUGUCACCAGGAGAGAUCCUAGCCAUCCUCGGUCCCUCCGGUAGCGGCAAAUCAACUCUUCUCAAUGCUCUCGCAGGGAGACUCCAUGGUCCUGAUCUCACCGGGACUGUCCUCGCCAAUGGCCGGAAAAUCAACAAAGCGGUUCAGAGACGAACCGGGUUCGUCACCCAAGAUGAUAUCCUUUACCCUAACUUAACCGUUCGUGAAACCUUAAUCUUCUGCUCGUUGCUGCGACUGCCAGACUCGUUGUCCAAGAAUGAGAAGAUCCGAGUGGCCGAAUCGGUGAUAGCUGAACUCGGACUCGGGAAAUGUGAGAAUACCAUAAUUGGGAAUAGUUUCAUUAGAGGAGUCUCGGGUGGAGAAAGGAAGCGAGUCAGUAUUGGACACGAAAUGCUAGUGAACCCGAGUUUGCUACUCCUGGACGAGCCCACCUCGGGACUUGACUCAACGGCAGCUUACCGGUUGGUGUCGACGUUGGGAUCACUGGCUCUAAAAGGCAAGACGAUUAUCACGUCCAUGCACCAACCCUCGAGCCGAGUUUUCCAGAUGUUCGACUCAGUUCUUGUCUUGUCAGAAGGAAGGUGUAUGUACUACGGCAACGGCUCCGAUGCUAUGGACUACUUCGCGUCAAUCGGGUUUUCACCGUCGUUCCCAGUCAAUCCCGCCGAUUUCCUCCUCGACCUUGCAAAUGGAGUUUUUCAAACUGAUGGAACUAGAGAGACAGAUAAGCCCAAUCUAAAGCAAAUCCUUACCUCCUCAUAUAGCAGUUUGUUAGCUCCCAAGGUGAAGGCUGCCUGUGUGGAUAACAGCCCUAUCAUGAUGGGGAACCAAGAAUCAAAGUCACCAAACAAUGAAACUCGAAUAAGUAUUGGUAGUGGCAGCAGCAGCAGUAGUUGGUUCAACCAAUUCACUAUCCUCCUCCAGAGAAGCCUAAAAGAGAGGAGGCAUGAAUCAUUCAACUCAUUAAGAGUCUUCCAAGUUAUAUUAGCUGCAUUAUUAGCUGGUGCCAUGUGGUGGCAGUCUGAUUUUCGUGAUAUUCAAGACCGGCUUGGCUUCCUCUUCUUCAUUGCCAUCUUCUGGGGUGUAUUCCCUGCAUUCAAUUCUGUUUUCACAUUCCCUCAAGAACGAGCCAUCUUCAUCAAGGAACGCUCAUCGGGCAUGUACACUCUAUCCUCAUACUUCAUGGCUAGAGCUGUUGGAGAUAUCCCUAUGGAGCUCAUUUUGCCUAUGGUAUUUACCACCAUGGCUUAUUGGAUGGCUGGCUUAAUGCCCGAGUUUGGAGCAUUCAUGUUGACAGUAGCAGUGCUACUAGGCUAUGUACUGGUGGCUCAGGGGCUUGGCCUUGCACUUGGUGGGAUCAUCAUGGAUGCCAAACAGGCAUCCACAGUUGUGACAGUUACAAUGCUGGCAUUUGUGCUCACAGGAGGCUACUACGUGCACAAGGUCCCUGCUUGCAUGGCCUGGUUAAAGUAUACUUCAUUUACAUUCUACUGCUAUAGGCUUUUCAUCUAUAUCCAGUACGGGGAAGGCCGUUCAAUGUGGUCUCUAUUAGGUUGCUCACAACAGAGUAACAGCUACAGUUUAAGUUGCAGGUUUGUGGAAGAGGAUUUGGAAGGACAAAUUCAUCCAAUUAUUAGCAUCAUCAUAUUGGUUUCCAUGUUUGUAGGUUACAGGUUAAUAGCAUAUGCUGCAUUGAGGCGCAUCAAAGUCUGAAAUAGGUAACAAUGAUGAAGAUAUUGGGAUAGCUUCCUCCUUAGCUAUUCAUUUAGCUUCAACAUUGUGACUUUCAGUAGCAAUUGUAGUUCAGGUACAUCAAAUAGUGUAGCCAUCCACUAUAUUCUUGUAAUAUCUGGUAAUCCAGAGGGUUCAGAGUUUUCAGCCAUUUUUGUUUGCAACCCAAAUUGGUUUCAACAAAGGAGUGCUAACUGUUGUAACAAAAGAAUAUAGGAAAGGUUGUCCUCAAAAGGCUACCACAGUGAUGUUGAUUACUACCAAAUCUAGCAAUUGGAAGCAGCAUUUUCUUCA